AAAGAAUCCCCCCUGCCUUAUUUGACAUUUUGAUUUGUCUUAAAACGAAAAAUAAAAGGAGGAAAAUAAGAUUAGAAAAAUAGGGGGCGGUCUUCAAUUUCUGCGAUAUAUAUACUGGUCUGGAGGAGAGAAGGGAAAAAGAAGAUCUCAUACGUAGCGGGUCCUGUGCGAGAGAAAAAUCUCACGGUGAAAGAUGGGUCUCACAAGAAUUGGACUUGCUGGUCUGGCUGUCAUGGGGCAAAACCUAGCCCUAAACAUAGCCGAGAAAGGGUUCCCCAUUUCGGUGUACAACCGUACCACUUCUAAGGUAGAUGAGACUGUAGAACGUGCCAAAGUUGAAGGAAAUCUCCCUGUUUAUGGCUUCCAUGAUCCUGCGUCAUUUGUCCAUUCAAUCCAAAAGCCUCGUGUCAUCAUCAUACUUGUGAAAGCUGGUGCACCUGUUGACCAGACCAUAGCGACACUGUCAGCUCACAUGGAGGAGGGUGACUGUAUAAUUGAUGGUGGCAAUGAGUGGUACGAGAACACAGAGAGGCGAGAGAAAGCUGUGGCUGAACUUGGUCUUCUGUAUCUUGGGAUGGGAGUUUCUGGCGGAGAGGAUGGUGCAAGGAAUGGACCUUCUUUGAUGCCUGGAGGGUCGUAUGAGGCCUACAAAAACAUAGAAGACAUCCUGCUCAAAGUGGCAGCCCAGGUCCCAGAUAGUGGCCCCUGUGUUACAUAUGUCGGGAAAGGUGGUUCAGGCAAUUUUGUGAAGAUGGUCCAUAAUGGAAUCGAGUAUGGUGACAUGCAGCUGAUUGCUGAAGCUUAUGAUGUAUUGAAAUCUGUAGGUAAGCUUUCAAAUGAUGAGUUGCAGGAGGUGUUCUCCGAAUGGAAUAAGGGAGAACUUCUUAGCUUUUUAAUUGAGAUCACAUCUGACAUUUUUGGAAUCAAGGAUGAUAAGGGUGAAGGUUAUCUGGUAGACAAGGUCUUAGACAAGACUGGGAUGAAGGGUACUGGUAAAUGGACUGUUCAACAAGCAGCGGAGUUAUCAGUUGCUGCUCCAACAAUUGCAGCAUCUUUGGAUUCAAGGUUCCUUAGUGGAUUGAAGGAGGAAAGGGUUGAAGCUGCCAAAGUUUUUAAAUCAGGUGGCUUUGGCGAUAUCUUGAGCAGUCAGCCUGUAGAUAAGGCCAAAUUGAUUGAAGAUGUGAGGCAAGCUCUUUAUGCUUCAAAGAUCUGCAGCUAUGCACAAGGAAUGAACUUGAUAAGAGCUAAGAGCAUGGAGAAAGGAUGGGAUCUCAAGUUGGGUGAGCUUGCAAGGAUAUGGAAAGGCGGUUGCAUCAUACGUGCAAUCUUCUUGGAUCGGAUCAAGAAGGCUUACGAUCGGAACCCUGAACUACCGAGCCUUCUUGUGGACCCAGAGUUUGCAAAGGAGAUAUUAGAUCGUCAGUCAGCUUGGCGCCGAGUCAUCUGCCUUGCUAUCAAUGCAGGCAUAAGCACUCCAGGUAUGUCUGCAAGUCUGGCUUAUUUUGACACCUACAGGAGGGAAAGGGUGCCUGCGAAUUUGGUCCAGGCUCAGAGGGACUACUUUGGAGCGCAUACUUAUGAGAGGAUCGACAUGCCUGGAUCCUUUCACACUGAGUGGUUCAAGAUAGCAAAACAGUCGAAGAUCCGAGGUCAUCUUUGAUGAGUUCUUUUACUGAGACAUUAGGGAUAUUCGUGUUAUUAUGUGACUUUGGAUGAGAAAAAGGUGCAUACCUGCUUUUUAACAAAAUAAUGUCCCAAUUAGGACUAGGAAAACAGUUAAACUGUUUAAAUUUGUGAUACUGCAGUUUUCAUGGCUUUUUAUUUAUCUGUGGCAUUGAGAUUCUGUAUGAUGUGACUGAGGUUUCACAUUCUAAAUUCUCCCAUAUCUUGGCGAGGAAGCCAGAACUUCCAGAUAAUAUGUGGGAUUUUAGCAGUUCCAUCUGUAUUUUAAAUUUAAAUGCUUGUCUAUCAAAUAAAUUUUGCUCAUUUGUGGUGUA